UUCCACACCUACACUCUCAACGAUGUCCAACUCUCUCGUUCUCUCCCCGGCAGACACACACACGAGGUCAAUGGUGUUUUCCUUCCACGUGUACCGCAAGAGUGCUCCCAAUGGCAAGCUCUCCGUGUACGUGGGGCGGCGGGACUACACGGACCACCUCACCCACGUCGACCCCAUUGACGGGAUGGUGUGGCUGGAGAAGGAUUACCUGAAGGACCGCCGCGUCUUUGCCCAGGUGGUCAUGACGUACAGGUAUGGGCGGGAGGAGGAUGAGGUCAUGGGUCUCACCUUCGCCCGGGACAUGGUGGUGGCCUCAGCUCAGGUGUACCCCGCGCCCUCCUACUCCAAGCCGCCUAACAGUCUACAGGAGCGCCUACAGAAGAAGCUCGGGGCCAACUCCUUCCCCUUCCACCUCGAGAUGCCCUGCAGUGCCCCCGCCUCCGUCACCCUACAGCAAGGUAAGGAGGAGACGGGCCGGCCAUGCGGGGUACAGUGGGAGCUGAGGAUCUUCGUGGGAACCAACCCGGAGGACCAACCACAACGGAGGUCAUGUGUACGACUCCUCAUCAGGAGGUUCCAGUACGCCCCGGCCAAGCAGGGACGCAAACCCAUGGCGUCCUGCACCAAGGAGUUCCUGCUCUCACCGGGGAAGCUUCAUCUCCAAGUGGCGCUCGAUCGGCAGAUCUACUACCACGAGGAGCCGGUGGGCGUGGUGGUGACGGUGUCCAAUCAGUCUAACAAACAGGUGAAGCGAGUCAAGGUGAGCGUGGUCCAGCUGGUCGAGGUGUCCCUGGGUCCCGCCGGCCACGUCAGGAACACCGUCGCGAGCAUCGAGUCCCAGGACGGAUGCCCAGUGGUGCCCGGCGCUGGCCUAACCCGCAGCUUCAGUUUGGUACCCACCCUGAGGCUCAACCAGCAGCGGAGGGGCGUGGCGGUGGACGGCAGGCUCAAGUCAGAGGACACCAACCUGGCCUCAUCCACCUUAUUCACAAACCCCGGGCAUCGUGACAAGUUCGGGAUCGUGGUGAGCUACGUGGCGCGCGUCAAGCUGAGUAUGGGCACGCUAGGGGGCGAGCUGGCGGCCGAGGUGCCCUUCACGCUGAUGAACCCCCCGCUGGAGGAGACUGUGGGCGGGGAUGUGGCAGAAGCUCCUAGAGAAGAAGUGGACAAAUCGACACGACUCAUCAUCGAGGAAUGCCGCCGCCUGUCCAUGUCCGACCUUCUGGAGGCGCAGAGGUCCCAGGAGUCUGUGGAUAAGGAGGACAAGGAGGUGGAGGAGAAGGAAGGCCAGACCAGGGAGGAUGACGAUGAUGUGUUCUCCAUAACCAAGCCUGUCUCUGAACCUGCAGCCCCUCAACCCCCAGCUCAGUCCACAACCCCUACACCCACCAACCCCACAACUAUCCAAAUCCCAGCCCCUCAGAUUAUAACCCCUCAGGACCCAGCUCCAACCCCUCAGUCAACAGACCCUCAUCCUCCAGCCCCUACGAAGUGAGGCCACGAAGAGGACCAAUCACUGCAACUACUCAGCCCAGAACCUAUGUUUCCUUCGGCCUACAACCCAGAAGCCCGCAGCCACUCAGUCUUCAGUCAGCGCAGAGUGAGGGCAUGAUGAAGGCGUGGUCGUGUGUUCGAGUCCUCCUGUCCAGCCUAGACCCCCCAGCGAGGCCUCGGAAGAUACUAUUUGCUCGUUGUAGAUACCAUUAAGGUGUUUCGCGAGGAGAUAAAGGUUGGGGGUCACAGACGCUUCCACCUCUCACAUCAACUAUUUCCAAAGGCGAAAAAAUGAGGAUUAAUCUCGUUUUCAGGAUUUUUUUAUGCUCGUGGUACAGGAGCAUUGUCGAACCACCACCAGGGCCAUGAAACUACCAAAGGAAAGGCCCACAACUCCUACCAAAGCAAUGUCAAAUGUGUGUGUUGGGCGAAGAAAUGUUUAAUAUGGCCCAUACUGGUACCGCCUCAGAUGUCACACUUCAUUCUUUCGUAAUUACGCUGUAAACCAAAGGACUAACCCACCCCUCUCUCUCUCUCCUACCUCCUCCUCCUGCUCCUCCCCAUUCCCUUCUCUCCCUCCCUACUCGUGACAUUCCCUAGUCAUGGUGGAGAAAAUGUCACCACCUCACAUGACAGAAACAGGUAUAUAUGUGUACUCAUGGAACUCACUGUCCUGUGUGUGUGUGUGUGUGUGUGUGUGUUGUGUACACUACUAUAUAGAGAUUUUCCUCGUAUUUUUAUGUCCUUCGUCUUCUUGGGAAAUACUCGCAUUAUGUAUCAUCCGAUGUAAGGGAUGACACUGCAUAUUACAUUGAGAAUAAAGCAUAUAUAACUGUUGUUUCAAAGAUAUUUCAAUAAAGGUCUUCAAACAGUA